AUGACAGACCUCUACACCAACCUCGACCAAUCCAAACUUCAAGCCAAUGCUGCUUCUUCCCUCCUCACCUAUGGCUCGGCCUUUUACGAAGACAUCAUCACCCACGCCCGCGGUGUCUACAUCUACAUGGCCACCGGCCACCGCAUGCUCGACUGGACCUCCGGCCAGAUGUCGUGCCUCAUCGGCCACGGCAACCCCGAAAUCGUCAAGGUCAUCUCUGAGCAUGCUGCGUCCCUCGACCACCUAUUCAGCGGCAUGCUCUCGCCGCCGCCGAUCUCUCUGGCUAUGAAAUUAACCACACUGGGGGGGGAGAGCAACGAGGCCGCGAUUCGGCUCGCGAAGUUCUAUACCGGGAAGUACGAAGUUGUAGGACUCAGUGCGAGUUGGCAUGGGAUGGUGGGUGCGGCGAAUGGGGCGCAGUAUCAUUCCAAUCGGGCGGGGUAUGGGCCUCCUUACCCGGGCAACUUCGUCCUCCAAGCUCCUAACGCAUAUCGAUCUAUCUUCCGUCACGCUGAUGGCUCGUAUGACUGGAAAACGGAGCUCGAUUACGGCUUCUCCCUCAUCGAUCGCCAGUCCUGUGGCUCCCUGGCUGCUGUCAUCGUUGAGCCGAUCCUGUCUUCUGGGGGUAUGCAUGAGCUCCCUCAGGGGUAUCUCAAGGCGCUAAAGGAGCACUGCGACAGGCGAGAUAUGCUUCUUAUUGUCGAUGAGGCACAGACGGCGAUCGGGAGAGCUGGCGAUAUGUUUGCGUUCCAGCAUGAUGGCGAUGGAGUGGUUCCCGACAUCCUAACGCUUUCGAAGACGCUGGGCAAUGGACUACCCCUUAGCGCGGUCCUUACAUGUGACAAGAUUGCGGAGUUUGCGAAGAAGCACCACUACACGUUCUAUACCACUCACAUCAACGACCCGCUCCCCGCUUCAGUCGGCGACAAAGUCCUCGAGAUCGUCAUUCGUGAUGGUCUGGUCGAGCGAUCCCGUGAGUUAGGCAAGUUGCUGAACGCUGGCUUGCUUCGUCUUCAACAACGGUACGGGUGCAUCGGUGACGUUCGGGGUCGCGGUCUGAUGGCCGGGGUCGAGAUCGUUGUCGAUAGUGCGACGAAGGAGCCGGGUCUAGAGCUUGGUGACAGGAUUGGGAAGCAAAUGACCGAGCUGGGUCUUUGGGCGCAGCUUGGAACUAUGCAGAGCUUCUCUGGAGUCUUCAGAAUUGCGCCUCCGAUUACGAUUACGGAGGAGGAACUCGAGGAGGGACUAAAAAUCUUGGAGAAGGCGUUUGCGUCGACGGAGGGAACACUGCCGCUGUAUCAGGUGCCUUUGGAGGGUCUGAUCCAUGCCAACCUCUGA